AGCACAACGCAUGAGUUUUUAGAUAAAGCAAACAUUUCCAACAAACAUAACAGGUACUUUGUUUUAGCCUUUUCAUUUCCUUGAUCUAGUGUGUGUACUAAUGCUACCCUAUCCUUUCUCAUCUAUCAACAUUCCAAAAUCUUUCUUGUUAGACACUCAUUCCAUAGUGUAGCAUUCAUUCUGAUGUAGCCAUUUUCUCUCAUUAGGAAAAUAAAUUCCAACUCUUUCCUUUUCAAGUUAUGUCACAUCCAUUCUGAUAAAGCUUUGGUUGUUUUUUGUUUGUCUUGUCUUAUCUCAUGGACUCAUUUUUCAUUCUUAUUUUGAUUACAUUUUCCAUCAUGUCAUUGAAGUUUCAUGGAUCUGAUUCUCAAAGUAUCAAAUCAUCUCAUGUUCUUGAUCUCCUCAUAAGAGAUCACACAUUCAGUUCAUUAGACAAAAACUUCAAGACAGGAAUACCACAAUCAGUGAAACUACCUCCAAAUUUAUCAGGCAUCAAAGUAGAUACUGUGAGGUUUAGAUGUGGAAGUUUAACAAGGUAUGGGGCAAAACUAAAGGAGUUUCAUCUUGGUAUUGGUGUUACUAUUCAUCCAUGUAUUGAAAGAGUAAUGUUGAUUAGACAAAGCAUAGAGUAUAAUAAUUGGUCUUCUAUAUAUUAUGCUAACUAUAAGGAUCUAUCUAAGUAUCAACUUGUUUCUCCAAUUGUUGGAAUUUUAGCUUACAAUGCUGAUGAAGAUUCGAAUUCUAGUAGUAACCCUUUUCAACUUGGAAUUGAAGCUGGUGAAAAUCUCAUCACAAUUGAUUUCAACAAUGCUACAAGUUUCAACAACAAAGAAGAAAAGGGUAUCAAAGUGAAUCCCUUAUGUGCAAGUUUUGAAGGAAACGGAAGAAUGACACUUGCGAAAACAAAACCUUUGGCAACACUUGUUUGUGUUGCUAAAAUGCAUGGACAUUUUGGUUUGGUUGUUGAGUCUUUACAGCAAGAAGAUGAUGAUUUCACAAAGCCUAUAAGACUAAGUCGAUGGAAAGUUGCGGUAGGGAGCACUAUUGGUGCUGCUUUAGGCGCUUUUCUUUUAGGUUUGCUUCUUGUAGCAAUGCUUGUUAGGGUUAAGAAAAGGUCAAGAAUGGUUCAAAUGGAGAGAAGGGCUUAUGAAGAAGAAGCUCUUCAGGUUUCAAUGGUUGGACAUGUGAGAGCUCCGAUGGCACCCGGAACUAGAACAACACCAACGCUUGAGCAACAUGACUAUAUAACUCAGCGCGCUCGUUGAUAAGGCUUAUGACAUAUUUGGAUUGACGCUGAAUUUGACAGAGUUAUAGCGAACCAUUUUACUGUGUUACUAAUUAAUCAGUUUUGUAAAAUUAAAUAUCACAUUCCAUGGAAUUUAUUAUAGGCUAAAUCUUAAAUUGUAUUAUUAGUUUAUUGAAAGAAUAUUGAUACGUUUUUCUGUAUAUUUUAAAGGUGAAUG